CAUUUAUGUGACUACCAUAUAACCACCAUAUAGGCUUAACUAUGUCUAUGUCUCUGAAAUCCCUCCUGACAUCAGCUAAAGUGAAAAACAGUGAGCACGAUGAUUCAGGCAGCGAAACGAAAUCGAGAAGAGCGUCAAUGAUGACGAGAAGUGCUUCAAAAAUGGCUUAUCGGGACAACCCCAGCCCGGAGGCUGCAUCGAUAGCUGCAGGGAGCCAAGUCCGCCAGAAAAUUCCACUCUGGCCUGAGUGGAGUGAUGCUGACAUAAAUAAUGAAAAAUGGGAGGCAGCUCAUGGCAAAGGCAAGGAAAAAGACAAAGGGAAAUCACCAGUGGUGCAACAUUUCUUUGAUGACCCAGAGGGUAAGAUAGAGCUUCCACAGUCUCUCAAAGUAGACACAUGGAAAAGGCCCACAGACUUCAUAUUUGACCAGCAACCUGUGGUGGUGGAUCCUGAUAAAGGUCUCAAUGGAUUUGAUCUGCUGUCUGCCAAUGAACAUCUUCAUGAUAGUGAGUUAAUCCGCUGGAUCAUUAGUGAGGUGACAGCUUUGUGGCGCAUGCACGCAGUGAAGAACCCUCCACCCGAAGAUCCUAGUGAUGAAACCUACCAAGAGUAUACGUACAACUGGAAACCCUGGGAGCAUAUUUUUGCCAUUAACAAAGUCACCAAAGGUCCCUAUAUCCCAGCACAUAACCCAUACGGGAAGUACGCUGUCAAGUUGUAUUGGAUGGGAAGCUGGCGUAAGAUCUUCGUAGAUGAUUUGUUUCCGUUUGAUGAAUAUGACCGUCUUCUCCUGCCAGCCACCAGUAUUCAAUAUGAACUGUGGCCCAUGCUUCUCACUAAGGCACUCAUCAAAGUGACAUCGUUGGAUUACGGCAGCACUUCCUCUGAAUUUGGUGACACCAGUAUAAUCCAGUGUCUGACAGGCUGGCUUCCAGAAACUAUACCUUUACAAUAUGGCCAUGUGGAUCAGAUAUGGAAGUUGUUGAAGGCAGUUCUACCAGAAUGGGUUCUCCCCGAGCCAGAACCAGAAAAGAUCCCAGAAGUGGAAGCUCCACCUGAUACUGCUGGACAGGACCUGGAGGGGAAGUCUGAUAGCUGGGGCACUGAGUCUAUAAAUCCAGAGAAAGCAACAGAGAAAUCAGAGAUAGACAAAAAGAGUGAGAAAGCAGACCCCAAGGCAGCAGGGAAAGAAAAAGAUGCUGGCAAGGAGAAAGCAAAAGAAGGGAAAGAGAAGGGUAAAGAUGCCAAGGAUGACAAGAAAGGAAAGGACAAAGACAAGGCAGCUCAGCCAAAGGAAAAACCAGAUGAGGUGCCCAUUCCAGAAUCUCCGGAACUUGUUGUAUUUGCCAGUUAUGUGAGCAGUCCUAAGUACCCACCAAAAGUCUCUGUGCUCAGAGAGAUGGCUGAUGCCAGUGAGCGUCUCCGUCAGUCAGGGUUGUCCCACCUGUUCCCUCACCCAGUGUGGAUCACUCAGACCCGCUCCUGCCCCCUAGAACCCCCACCCCCUCCUGAGAAGAUACCUGCAUGGAAACUUAUACGACCAAAGAAAAAGAAAACAACUCCAUUGGAUGAGCCAAAAGCUGAGCCUGAGGCUCCCAAACCUAUUCAGUGUGUUGAGAUCACUUCUCCAUUUGUCAACUAUAAAGUCAGCCCUGUGCCAAUCCCCACUGAUGUACAUAGACCUAAGUCAUCACUAGAGAGAGGUGCCACUAGGCCUCCCACCUCCAAUGUUGACGCCAUCGAAGAAACAGAUGAGAACAUUCCUGAGCCAGAGCCAGUGGAGGCUGCAGCAGCGCCCCCUCCGGAGACCCCCAAACCUGAGGACCUUCCCCGCGUUGAGGUGACUAAGUCCCGAUCAAGGACUGUGAGAAUUGUACCUGCUGUAGAGACAGCCAGCCUAGCCAGUAAGCCCAGUGGCUCCAAGCCAGGCACACCUAGUGGGAAGAAAAAGAAAGACGUGGGAUCAGCAGCUAAGAAAGAGGAGGCUUCUCCCAAACCAGAGCCCAAGAAAGGCCUAGGUUCCCCUGGAAAGGAGAGGAAGAAGAGUUCUACAGUUAGAGACAGGACAGACUCCAUCAAAUCUAAAGACUCCAAGAUGGAGAAAGACCCCAAAAGUGCAGCAUCACUUCCCAGAGGGGCAGAUACGACACCUUCUGUGGUCUUUGAUCCCAAUGCUCCACAUGCAGAAGGAGAGGAGGAGCAGGCGACGGAGCAGACACCUGAGCCACCCAAACCAACAAACCUGUGGAUGGACUUUGAGACCUUUGUCAAGUGCUUCAAAACUAUUUACAUUUACCACAAGCCCAAUACAUAUGCAUGUAACCACAAGUUUUCUGACUUAAAGAAACUAGAAAGGCUGACAGCACAGAGUGUUGCACCAGCCAGCAGCACAAAAGGUGGCACUAAAGCUGCCCCCACCGCCGCCGUCACGCCUGUAUAUGAUGACAGAGCUCCACACUAUAUGUUUGUUGACAAUCUCAAGCCCAGUGAGAUAGUGGUGUCCUUCUCCUCACUGUCCCGCUGGCAUGAUGCUCCACUGGAACCCAAAGAAUCCAAGACUUCAGUCAAAGGAGGAAAAGGAGAUAAAGGAGGAGAUGAUGGUGCCAGUGUAUUAGAUGAUGACUUUAGUGACCCGGGUUCCACCCACAAGGAGCCCACCCAGCCCACUCCUGCUCAGCCUGGGCUGCUGGUGGCUGAGCCCUACUCCUGGAAGAGUCUAGUCACUGGGCAGCCAAUCCUGAGGCUCAAGACAACUGCCACUAAGGCUGCUGUGCUCACAUUGCCUCCAGGACGCCAUGUGUUACGUUUCAUGUUGACAGCCCCCCUAGGCUACCACAUCCACCUUAGUUCUUCUGUACAGUUUGUGUAUGGGGACGAGGAGACUGUCAUGGAGAAACUGACAGCUGAGAGUUGCAGGUUUGUGGACAAUGCUGUCCAGACAAUGCAAUUAAUAGGCAAGUGCAUUAACAAUCUGAGUGAUCCCUUGGCCUUUCAUCAGAGCUAUGAGGAGCUCAGUAACUGUCACUGUCCAUACAGGAGUGUCAAGACCAUCUCCAAAGUGAAUCACUUCAAGUUGUUUAACGAGUCUCUGUACUCCAUCCUGAGGAAAACUCUGCCAGCUGAACUUUUAACUCCUGAGAUGGCUUUUGCUUGGAGGACCUUCAAUUUUGAUGCUACCACCAAGAAUAUACUGGGUCUUACCACAGGCAGCAGGCCAGGUACAAGUGCAACCAGCCACAGGGGCUCUGCCAAGGAGAAGUCCAAGAAGCAAAAAGAGGUGCAGGUGGAAAAGAACACACCAAGUGAGGUAGACAAGCAAACUCCAGAAAACUGGCUUAACAGAGAGCCUACCCCAGAGGAGCAUGUUGCCACCAUAAAGCUCCAGAAAGGUUGGCGAGGGUGUUACGUGAGGAAGAUACGGAAUGCCAGGAUGUCUGGGACAGAAGACCACCAGAAAGUUCUGGAACAGCUACAGAAGGCUUGGACCAUUUUGGAACCCAACAUGGAGCAGCAUGGUCUUAACUUGUUCAGGGCCAUGUUCAAAGCAGACCCAGACCUGAUGGAGAAGUACCCCUUCCAUAAAGAUGAGUGGAAUAAGAUCUCCUAUGCUGACUACCAGGGCAGCUUCCCUGACCAGCCUGCUGGCACUUGGUUUGUGGUGUUCAGGGAGGUAUUCUAUGUGACAGAAGAAAUGCUGGUGGUGCCUAAGAUGUACUGUACUAUACCUAACUGUCUGUUGAGGGUGGUGAACAAUGACACAAGAGAAGAGAUCCCCAGGGUGUUCCAGAAGGUGGCACCUUUUGUCUACAAGAGAAACAGGAGAGGCUACACAUUUAUAGCAGAGUCCAGGACCACAGACCAGCCUCUGCCUAAUGGCAAGUGGCGUAUGCGUCUGAUUGGUUCACUGACUGCCCUGCCUGCUCCAGCCAGGAAUGAGGUGAAUUGUAGCUUCCACACCAGAGAGAUCAGAGACUACUACAUCCCCAAUGAAAAGUGUAUCAUAUUCAGGUACACAGUGAAGGUGACAGAGGAACAUGUGGCCAGCCUCCAGAUGUCCACCUCUAAGCCAGAUGUCUACAUCAAGCUGAUGGUGCUGGACCAUGAGGAGGAGGUGCUCAGUACAGUGGGCAAGGGCCAUGCAGUGCUGCCAUCUUUUAUCUUCCUCAAGGACCCUGGUAGUGACCAGUCUGUAUCAGAAGAGAAGGAGGAUAUGAAGAGAGCCAACAGCAGAGCUUCCAACAAGGGUGGUGGUAAAGCCCAUGCUGCAGCCAGUAAAGAGAAGGAUGCUGGGAAGAGACAGGGCUCAGCCAUGAGCAGAGCAGGAUCGCAUGCAGUGAUAGAGGUGCCCCCAGUACAGCGGACUAGCAGCAGACAUUCAGAUCUGCCACCAUUAGACCCCGAGGAAGAGGAGAAGGAGAAUAGGCCCCAUAAGUACAUUAUUCAGGCCAUGGUGAUGAGGAACAGCUGGCCACUGUCGGAAAGUAGCUGGACAUUUGUACAGAUGCUUAAGGAUAUGGAAAAGAAUGAACUGAAAGUUGCUAACAAGGAAGAGCGUCCACCCUCUGCCCCUAAGAAUGACAAGGCCCAGGGCAAGGCUGCCCAGGGGAAGGGCAGCAAAGGGAAGGACAAGGACAAGGGAGCCAAGGACAAGCAAGGCUCCAGACCACCAUCACAGCAGUUUGAUACCACCAAGCCUUACUGGACACUGAGGAUUGUUAGUGAUGGGACUGCUGCUGAAGAGAUAGAUGUGAAGAAGGACACAGAGAGAGCAGAUGAGAUUCGUGCCAUGAAGAAGGCCUGGGAGGAGGCUGAGCCAGGGCGUGCAGCCAAGGCGUUGCAGUCCCGCCUCCAAUAUCUCAGUACACACAUGAUCAAACUGCAGCCAGAGGGAGAGGAGGGAGCAGAGAAAGGGGACAGUGCCGCUGCAGCAGCAGCACCCCCACAGGAAGGUGCAGAGCAGAUCUUGGCGGCAGCUGCGGCAGAGAUGGGUCCACCACAGACACCCACUUCUGAGCCUCCAGAUACAGAAGAGAUUCUAACGCUAGAACCCCCACCACCACCUACACCUAAAGAGAUGCUGCAGCCUCUGGACCUCACUCCCUACCUGAGGAAAUCGGGUGAUGGUCCCAGAUACCUGGACGAGGCCGAGAUCCAGAGACAGAUGGACGCCAAGAGGAAGGAGAUUGAGGAAUACAAGGCAUUCAGGGAGCAGGUAGAACAGUGGAGGGAAGAGGACAGGCAGCUGAGGAAUCAGCUGAAGAUCAAACAGCUAGAGGAGUGUCAGGCUUUGCAGGCUGCACUUGACAAGAAACGUAAUGAGAUCAACAUUCCUCGUGAAGCCUUCAGACAGAAAUUCCUGGAGGCAGAGAGGAAACGCCUGGAAGAGCUCGCAGCCCAAGAAGCAGCACUCCGUGCAGAGCAAGAGAAAGCCCCUUCACCCAAAGGAAGGAAGAGUGCCAAGGGAAAGAAAAGUCCAGCUGGAAAGAAAAAGAAAUAGACUUUUCCAAUUUGUGUUGAAAGCUUCUGCUCAAGUUGUGAAGUAUCUAAAUAAUAGUCAUACUGGCAAGCAGCGACUGUGAUAUUCAAUGUAAUUAAAUGUGACAUGGAUUUCAAUAUAAUUAUGACUUUCCUUAUCAAGAUUUUUAAAAAGUUCUGUACAUAAACUGUACAUCUUAUAGCUGUAUAAUUUCUAUGCCAUCUUGUAAAUUUAUGAUAUACAAUUUUAUUGCUAUAGUUAGGUUUGGCAAGUACAACAUGUUUUCAAGGCUUUAAGUCAUUAGCUUUUGCUUACUACUAGACUUCCUGCUAUAUUUUAUAGCCUUACAAGUUUGAGCUUUAAGUGGAAAUGAAGAGAAUGUGUGAGACCGAAUGCCUGGCUUUCUUAUAGUAUGUAUCAUUUACUUUGGUGUUGUGACUUUUUUAAUAUAAAAAGUCAACUUCAUGAUUUCUCUGUGUUGACAAACAAGAGUUCUUAUCAAAUUCUGUCCACUUCUCGCUGCUGUUGACCAAGGCAGUGCAGAGAGCCCUUUGUUUUUGCCGUCCUUUUUUCACUCACACUCCGUCCUUGAGCUCUUAGGCUGCAAACUGUUAUUUGCUGAGAGAUAACUGUUGCUGAAGAUGGUUUCAAUGUUAUACUCCCUCGUUUAUCAGUGAAUUAAAUGACCAGAAUGUGAUGUUGACUGUGACAUAUAAUUAAGACCAAAUCUCCUACAUUCCACACUUGUAAGCCAGCUUACCACUCGGCAAAUAACCAGCAUGAUAGAGAGAGCCAACCAACAAAAUGGCCCUUCAUUUCCGUCCUAGCAUGUUCUGAGAUGUACUCUUUUUUUCACUAUUUGUAGCACCACUAUGCCACUUAAUAUGUAAACUGUACUGUGUUCACCUGCAGGCCUAUACAUUUGCAGCAAUUUGUAUGUAACUGUUGUACAAUUUUUUCUAUAUAGGUAUCUUAUUAUUCAAUUUGUAGUCACCAGGUAUAUCUGGUGUUUGCACAUUCCAAAUAUGAAACAUAUCAUUUGUACAGUUAAGAAAGCUCCCGAGCUUUAACCCCACCCUGGUUAAUGGGACCAAAUUUGUAUUAUAUUUUGUGUACACAUACUUAAUCUUGUACAGCUGUACUUGGUAUCUUUUUUGCUCUAUAUCAGAGAAUAAACCAUUUGAAUAUA